AUGCAUGCAGAGGGCAGGCUAAAACAAGAGGCAGAAAAACAAAUUACAGACCACCUCGCCAAAGGAAAACUUAACCCAAAUGGAGAUGCAGCUUUAGGACAUAAUGGGUCAUUCCGACCCAUUCGCACGCAGCGGUUUGUUACUGCAGUGCGAAUGGGUCCAGAAUGUGCAUGCGUGGCAGCCGCUCUACGCAUGCGCGACAUUGCCCGGCGACAGGGGUCACUGGGUUACGUCCAGGACAAUGAAGAAAGCAGUCGCAGAGCCGACCGCAAGAAGAUUGACAGAAAGAAGGCGUACCUGGGCGACACCGGACCGUUGGCAGACGUUUUUGGGGUGUGGAGAAGAAAACGCAGGCGUGUCCAGGAGAACGGAGGGUGGAUGUCUGACGUCAAAGCCGGCCUCAGCAUUGCUGAUAUAGUCGCACAGGGUCCAAAAGUUCAGUGUUUAAACUGUGAUAACUGUACAAUGAUGGCGAAGAAGGUGGAGCAGCUCUGUGCAGCCUUAGACAAGACAUCUGAAGGGUGCGCACUGUGUCCCAGUAAGUGGCUUCUGCAUGGGGACAACUGUUAUUACUAUUCCGAUGAUACACGGAGGACUUGGGAUCAGAGCCGGGAGCAGUGUGAGAUGAUGGGAGGUCACCUACUAGUCAUAGAGGACCAGGGACAGCAGGAAUUUAUACAGAGAUUUGUCACAGAAGAGGCACGUGACAUGAUUUGGAUCGGACUUUAUCAUGAAGGAGAUAGGUGGAGAUGGGUGAACCGCCGGCGGUAUAACACCAGCUUGUUCCAGGUGAAGGUGAUCUCAGGAAACUGUGUGUUGGUGGAUAUCGGUGGUUAUUAUAGUGAGAACUGUAAUGUUACUCAUACAUUUAUAUGUCAGAGGAAAACUGUGAUGAUCUGACAUUGUUACUGUAAGGGACUCUCAGUGUGUCAUUUAAGAUAAAUAUCUGACAGCUGAUUUAUCUUCAUAUAGGAUUUGAUCACUGCACAUUGUACUGAUUUACUGUAAACUUGGAAAACUUUUUUGCAGAAUAGGAAAUAACAGAUUAAAA